UUGUGCUCGUCGGAUUUGUGUCACCUAUUCCACGACCAAUACCUCAGAUUAUAUCAAAAAUCGAGGAAUUUGAAACUACUAUGAUGAAUUUAAACACUUCAGAGCCUCCAGAAAAUGACAAAGUAUUAGAAACGCAAAACGAUGAUGAUCAAAGAAGAAAACCUAUGUUCUUGUUUAGCGUGGAUUACAUAUUAAAUAAAGCUGGAAAGAUGAAUACCGAAAACGACACCGACCAGAAAAAUAAACAGCAUUUCGACUGGUUGUAUUGUACACGGUUCAAGCCUCCAAAACUCGACAGGAUAAAAAAGAAAGACGKACAACACAGACAGAAACGGAGGCCUGGACGUAAUCCAAGAAUACCAUUUACCACUCAACAAGUUACGGUAUUAGAACAUGAAUUUAGGCGCAGCGCAUAUUUAGGAGGAACUAAUGAUGUACACGUAUUGUCUGACAGGUUGCGACUAUCGGAAAGUAGAAUUAAAAUAUGGUUUCAAAAUCGGCGGGCCAGAGAACGCAGAGAUCAUCAUAGUAGUAGUUUUUCUGGAUCGUCAUGUACUAACUCUACUAACUAUUCCUCUCAACAACAACGACUUCCAAUAUCAUCUACGUCUGCGUUCAAACCAUUGAUGCCAUCACACACUUAUGUAGAAGGAAAUGAUUCUUCAUCAUGAAAAUUGAACUUAUAAAAUAUUUCUUAUAAAACAUAAUUAAAUUAAUGUAAAA